CGUUUUCUCGAAUCGACCCGAGCCGGUUGGCGCGGAUGAGAUCGACGAGGUGUUUUGAGAUUCUGGCUUUCUGAUCCGGGCACCAACGACGACCUUGCAGUGCACAAUCUUGAAAUCAUCCGGAAUUAUUUUGCCCAAUGUUGGGAACUUACCCGACCAAAACUCCAAGUUGCGAGGACAGUUCAUUCAACAUGGCGUACCGAAAUCCUUUCCCGAGCAUCGCAUGGCUUUUGUCGGAUUGCAUCUUCCAUCAUAUCGAUGAAAGGAAUGUGUCGAAUGAAACGGUUCGAGAGCCGAGCUAUUAUUGUGAUAGCAGUGGAGAUUGUCGCGGGCAAGGCUGUCUUUCGGUGGUCCAACGCACGGCAGAAUACGACGACUGGGAUCACCACUACAGCACCCUGCUAAUUAUAUCCUGCCUCCGAACGAAAACACAGGCGCCUCAGCCAAUAAGUAAAUUAAUCGAGCAACUUCGAUUUCCGAAUGGGUUUAGCAGAGGUGCCGAACUGACUUCGCCGACGUGCAUGGUGGAAGGCUUAUCCGUUGGGAAACAUGCGAUAACGCCACGAGUUUCAUCACUCGGUUGGACUCGUCUCGGAAGACGAGCGGCUCUGGAUCUCGAUGGUCAACAUCUCUUCAAUACGAUGGUCUUACUUUGCAAUGUUUUUCUUCUGCCAAGGCAGACUGCAGCAGAUGACCAUGGUUCCGUUCGGAUGAUCUGACACACCUAUCCCACACUGAACUUCUAGGAUUCCGUGAUGGAAUAUAUACCUAACCCUAACCUGGCGUGAACAGUGUGAGGGUACAGCAACACGAAGCCAUCGUCGUUUGGGUUCUUCGUCGACCACCUGGCAUUGUGUUUUGGCAUGACAAGGUAAGGAGAAGCUCCAGAGGAUUGAACUGUUCGUGGGAAUGAGUGGAGGAAAAGUCGCCCUAUGGGCCAAUAUCGGAGCCGGAACCAAUGCGCCGCUUACUGCAUCCGGCCCGCA